AUGGCGGAACAAAGCAUCAAAUCCCUCUUCGCCGCAGCCGAGGAGAAGAGGCGCGCCCUCGAAUUUUCCCCCUUUCCCUCCCAAGACCCCGCCAACCAGAAAAUUCUCGCAGCUGCUCUAUCCAACUACGUCAAGUGUUUGGACCUUGCAAAUCGGCUUUCGCUCUUCAGUCCCAAUGAGACACUGGAAGACUUGAAUUCAGGGGACAUUCAGUAUGUAUAGCCAGCAUGGCAGAGCAGUCCCAAUCCCCAGUAUCGAGCAUGUUUCUAACCAAUCACUAGAUACCUGCUCAUCAACUACCACCUGGCUGGUCUGAUUUCGCGAAUUGACAACCUCCAAAAACGGAAACAUGUCCUUGAAGAAUCGAGAGACGAAUACGAAAAUUUCCUCUCCCUUCUAGAUCGUUAUGAGCUACUCAGUGGCCCGGCCAAGAAAUCAUACAAUAGAUACCUCGAAUCCCCCACCACAUUUGAAACCGUCCCGUCUAAAGAUCUCGCCGUCCAAAGGACCAUAAGAAUCGCGAAUUACAGAUACAAGACGGAAUUGCAGAAGAAAUUGCAGGCAUGCUCAACUCUUCGAUGUACUGGAAGCGCUUGCUGAUUGGACUCCAGUUUCUAUCCCAGAACCCGUCCUAUUUGCAAAACGAUGAGGAGGCUGUGCGAGAGCUGCAGCUUGCUAAUAUCGCUUGCUGUACCAUCGAGGCAUUUGAACAACUUGACAUGAUUGUUCGAGAACUCAAAAUAUUUUCCACGAAGCCCUCCACACCACCUUCGGGCCAACUGCAGCUUGAGAAGGACGACAGAGAGAGGGGACGAGAUAAAUCGGCGUAUUCGGAAAAGCUGGAUAGUUAUUCUAGCCGCACUUCUAAGGCCCGGUUGAGAUAUGACGCAACACUCAACGUUCAUAAGUUGGGUGGGCUACUAACUCUGCUGGCAACAAACGAUCGAAUGACUUUACAGGAUGGUGUCUUCGGAUCAUCAAUCGGUCCUCCGACGAUGACUAUGGAAGAGCUUUUGGAACAUGACAGGGCAACUGGUAAGAUAAUUGAGGGCGGCGGUGCCGCUAGUGGAUUACCUGAAGAACCCGACGAGGACAACUACGAAAAGGGCGACGCGGAAACGUAUAAAGCCAGGAAAUGGGAUGAAUUUGUCGAGGAAAACCCAAAGUAAGUUUUAGAAAUUGCUCUGCCAGUCCGAAAGCCUCUACUGACGAAACCCAGGGGAUCUGGAAACACUUUAAAUAGAGGCUAA